ACAAAUGUUAUCCUCGGCAGAUGCAGAUCUGUGGCACCAGAAUAGCAGCCGUAGCAGCUGAGAAGCCAUUCUGACAUCUUGGCCCAGUGUCUUGGUGGCAAUUUGAUAUGAAGAUGGCAGCCCGGGUGCUGUGGGGCAGCCUCAGCCUGCUCCGCCUGGGAUGGUGUCUUCUUCCACAGACAGGCUAUGUGCACCCAGAUGAGUUCUUCCAGUCACCUGAGGUCAUGGCAGAGGACAUCCUGGGCAUAGAGGCUGCACGGCCCUGGGAGUUCCACCCCAACAGCUCCUGCCGCACGGUGGUCUUCCCCCUGCUGACCUCGGGCUCUGCCUUCUGGAUGCUCAAGCUCUGGGAAGAGUGGGGGCCAUGGCCUGGCCCAGUGAGUGGCUACAUGCUGCUGGUGGGGCCCCGACUCCUCCUCACUGCCCUCUCCUUUGCCCUGGACGCGGCUGUGUACCACUUGUCCCCUCUGUGGGGGGCAGAGCGCUGGAACGCCCUGGUCCUGCUGUCUGGUUCCUACGUUACCCUGGUCUUCUACACAAGGACCUUCUCCAACGCCAUCGAGGGACUGCUCUUUGCGUGGCUGCUGGUGCUGGUAUCCCACCGUGUGGCUUGGAGCCCCACACCCAAGAAGCCUGCUCUAGGCCCGUGGUGGCACAGCUGGCUCCUUGGAGGCAUCGUGGCUGCUGGCUUCUUCAACCGGCCCACCUUUCUGGCCUUCGCUCUGGUCCCCCUCUUCCUCUGGGGCAUUUGUGGAGCCACAAACCCUGGCUUCAAGUCACUGACCCAGGAAGCCCUGGUGCUGCUCCCAGGGGCGGCCCUCACAGCAGCAGUGUUUGUGGCCGUGGACAGCUGGUACUUCUCCAGUCCAUCUAGAUCUAGUACCCUUGUCCUCACACCUGCCAACUUCUUGCUCUACAACCUGGAUCCUCAAAACCUGGCGAGGCACGGCACACACAUGCGGCUCACUCACCUGGUGGUCAACGGCUUCCUGCUCUUCGGCGUGCUGCAUGCCUGGGCCCUGCGUGCUGCGUGGCAAGAGCUGCAAGCCUUCCCCCAGGCCUUUGCACAAAGGGGCUUCCUGAGGGCGCUGGACGCCCGGAGCCUGCUUUCCAGCCCCAGGUCUCCCCUCCUGCUCCUCUACUUCAUGCCCCUAGCCCUGCUGUCUGCCUUUAGCCACCAGGAGGCUCGGUUUCUGAUCCCCCUUCUUGUCCCCCUAGUCCUGCUUUGUAGUUCACAGACCCAACCUGGGCCCUGCAAAAACACCCUGGUCCUCUUCAAUGCCCUGGGGGCCCUCUUCUUCGGCUGCCUGCACCAGGGGGGCCUAGUGCCUGGCCUGGAGCACCUGGAGCGGGUGGUCCACGCGCCUGUGCUCCCAAGCAUACCCACCCACUACACACUCCUCUUCACCCACACCUACAUGCCCCCCCGGCACCUCCUAUACCUCCCAGGCCUGGGGUCACCCGUGGAGGUGGUGGACAUGGGUGGGACUAAGGACCGGGUCCUGUGCCAAGCGCUGGACAACUUCACCAGACAACCAGCCUGCCAGGUGGCUGGUGGGCCAUGGCUCUGCCGCCUUUUUGUGGUGACCCCUGGCACCACCAGGCCUGCCGUGGAGAAGUGCAGCUUCCCCCUCAAGAGUGAGACACUCCUGUUUCCCCACUUGACCCUGGAGGACCCCCCAGCCCUGUCCUCCCUGCUGAGUGGGGCUUGGAGGGACCAUCUCAGCCUUCACAUCUUGGAGCUGGGGGAGAAGCCUGACAAUAUGACAGAAAAGCCACUGCCCAAGAUUCAGCCAUAGGUGAAGGUGCCGCUCCACCUUCUACGUGGGUAGCUGGGCUGGGACAGAGCCCUCAUUCUCUUCCUCUCCUUUCCCUUCCAGAAUCCCCAUCUCUGC